AUGGCGAGAGCAUGUUCCUUUGCUGUCACCCUCAUCCUCAGCGCUACUGCCACCCCACCUGCACUCUACCAGCCUCUGUCUUUUUGUGUCCCAGCUUGCUUCCCAUCCCGGGAUGCUACUCCUGCAAAGAGCUUGCAAAGACAGCUUCCGCCCCAGCUGCUGCUGCUCCGUCAUCCACCCUUCCUCCUGCCUGAUCCAUGCCAGGACUUGCAAGCAGCUGCCGGCUCGGAGCCCCGCACUUUCGUUAUCAUUGCGGGCAGCUGGAGAGGCGCCAGAGCAACCCAGCCUCCAAGCCGCCACCGCAAUCCCUCCUCUCCCCUCUCCGUUGUCAUCACGCCCCCUCCACUCCCCAAGAAAAGGGGAGAGCUGGCUCCGCAGCCCUCGUCUGGAAGUUGUGGGGAUGAAGAAUAUAAACCUCUCACUACAGGAAUAUGCAUCAAGUGGGGAUCCCAGCCUAGAGAACAGCAGGCUUGCAGUCAGGAAGGCAGCAAAAGCAUGAAGCUCCUUCUCACUCUCUUUGCCUUGGCCCUGUGGGCUCUCCCUGGCUGGGCUGCCAGGAAAAAAUCCGAAAGCCCAGGCAAGGAAAGUUCCCCAGAAUCUCCUGCCCUAAAUGUGCCAGCCCAUCCAGGGAAGCAUCGACAGCAGCAGAUAGCAAGUGUGCUUGUCCUGGGAAAGGAUGUGGCAGAAGAGACCCCCAAGUCUGUAGCCGAUGUGAAGAGUAUGGCAGGAGAACUGCACCAGAAAGGUAGAAAACCUUCAGUCCUGAAGAACAGUGUCUUGAGGAGAAAGGAGGCAACACCCCCCCCCCAAGAUGGCCAAAUUCUGGAGAAGGGGGAUGCGGCCAAGAAAUUGGCCAAAGUUGGAAAGAAGGUGUUGGGCACUAAGAAAAUAGAGAUUGGCAGCACCAGUGCUAAAGCAGAACCUGCAGGUCCUGAGACAAACAUCAGCCUUACCCAGGCAGGCGGUAUGCAUCCCCAGAAAGAUUUGAUCCAUGGCAAGAAAACACCAAUGAAAGAACCAGUUACCCACCACCACAAAGCAAAGGCAAGAAAAGAAUAUGUCAUCACGCAUCGGAAUAGUACUCGGACACAGAUAGGAAAAGUGCCAAGCCCUUGGCACAGAAAUGAGAGCCAGACACCCCCUAGUCCUACUCACAAAAAUGUUGGUCAGGCAAAAGAUGGAAAAGAACGUAAAAUUCUCCAAAGAAAUGCCAGCCGGACAUUGCUGCAAAAGGAGAACAUCUCUCCCCACAGGAACACCAGCAGGUCAGCAUCAAAAAAGGAACAUGGCACCUUCCACAGAAAUGCCAGCCACACACCACUGUGGAAAGGGCAUAGCAUCCCCAUUAGGAACAGUGCUCAGGCACAGGAACUGAAAGAGUCCAGGUUGCUCCAAAAGAAUGCCAGCAGGGCAUUGUCAGGGAAAGAGUAUGGCAUAUCCUCCAUAAACAUCAGCUGGUCACUGCCAUGGCAAAAACAAGGCACCUUCCAGAGGAAUGCCAGUCAGGCACAGACAAAUAAAAGGCCCAGUGUUGUUCACAGAAAUGCUAGCCGGGCACUGCCAGGGAAAAGACUUGGAGCCCCAAACAGGAAUACCAGCUGGGGUGAGGCCAGGAAGCACCCCACCCUUACCCAUAAGAAAGCCAGCCAGGCACUGCCACAGGGAAAGCUGAGUCCUUCCUUUUCCUUUAAAAAUGACAGCCAGACACAGCUGCAGGAAAAGCCCAGUUUUCCUUAUAGGAAUGCCAGUCAGGCAUUGCCAGGGAAGAAGGAUGGCACCCAGCAAAGGAAUAUCAGCUGGGCAGAGAUUCACAAGGAGCAAAGACCUUCUCACAGGAAUACCAGCUGGGCACUACCAAGGAGAGACUCUGGAUCUUUCCGCGGAAAUGUCAGUCAGGCACUAGCUGGAGCAGAGCAUGACACCCUACACAAGAAUGGUGGCCAGACACGAGCAAGGAACAUGCCUGGUGUCCCCUUCUGGAAUGCCACCCAAACAGAGGUCAUGAAAGAACAAAACCUAUCUUAUAAUAAGAAUGUCUUCCAAGCAGGAGGCAAAUGGCUGCCUGCAGCACCAAAGAAUAAGGAAGAGCCCAUCAUGCCAUCCUUGCCUGUGACCUGCCUGCUUUCUGAACACGCCAUCGCUUGUGGCAAUGCUCGCCUGAAACACGUGCCCAGACUGAGUGACACUGCACUCAAAACCCUCUACCUGGCAGAGAAUGAGAUCACGUGUGUCCCAGCUGGGAUUUUCUUGGGAUUGCCCAAUCUAGAAUGGUUGGAUCUCAGCAAGAACAAGCUGGAUUCUGCAGGCCUGCACUCAGAAGUUUUCAAGAAUCUCACCAAGCUGAAGCGCCUGAAUCUGGAUGGCAACCAGCUCACUACAAUCCCAGCCUUACCCAAUUCACUACAGGAGCUAAAGCUGAAUGACAAUAAUUUAGAAGGACUGCAGAAACACAGCUUCCAAGGCCUGUUCAAGCUGCUCACCCUGGAGCUGGAAGCAAACCAGCUGCACGAUGGAAAUGUGCUCCCUACCACUUUCAAGCCUCUGGGCAGACUUAUCUACCUGCGACUGGAUCAUAACCGCUUUCGGGCUAUACCUUCAGGUUUGCCUGCCUCUUUGCAGGAGCUGCACCUGGACUCCAAUCGCAUUGAGGAGGUGACUGAGAGUGUCCUCAAUAAAACCCUGAACCUCACUGUGCUAGUUCUGAGUAACAACAAAUUGCAGGAAGAUCGCAUUGCUCCACGUGCCUGGAUAGACCUCCCGAAGUUGGAGGCCUUGGAUUUGUCUCACAACCGCCUAGCACAUGUGCCCUCAUUUCUGCCCCGGCACCUGAAGCAGCUGACCCUGCAUCAUAAUCGCAUUGAGCGUAUCCCUGGCUAUGUCUUUGCUCAUAUGAAACCAGGCCUGGAAUUCCUACAUCUGUCUCAUAAUGUAUUGCGGGACGAUGGCAUCCAUGCAGUCUCCUUCUUGGGUCUCUACCACUCACUUGCUGAGCUGCUCUUGGACAACAACCAACUCCAGGCGAUUCCCCGUGGCAUCCUGAACUUAAAGGGGCUACAGGUUCUGCGGCUGAGCCACAACCACAUCAGGCAUGUCCCCCUGAACUCUGUCUGUGACACACGUGUGGCAGAGGACUCAAAUAUUGUGUCCAUGCACCUGGAGAACAACUUGAUUGACCGCCGCCGCAUCCCACCCACAACCUUCUCCUGCAUCAAAGCAUAUCACAGUGUGGUGCUGCGGCCACAACAGAAUGAAGAGGAUGACUACUAAAGGCACCUCACAGAUCACUCCUCACAACACAAACUGCGGGGACAAACAUUGUCCCAUCCCAGGGUGUGGAGAGAGAUCUUGCUCUUCAGGAUGUUACAGUGCUUCAGGGCAAGAAAAUAUGCACCUGCCCAAGUGGCCUCUUCUCUGUAACUAUUGUUUUGUGCUGCCCACUUCUUUGAGGUGUAGAGGUUUCAGGGGCAGCCUUUAAAGUCAGUUUCCUUAUGAUGAGAGAGUACUGGAAACAUUGUCAUAUCUGUCUGCUUACAAAUGUAAAAAGGUGAACAUAAAGACCAAGCAAGUACCUAGGCAGACAGCACUGGUCUACAAAGCAACAGUUCCCCCCCCCCCCAAAGCAGCAGCAUAAACUUGAACUGUUGUUGUCACCCUGCUACAAAAAUCAGGCUUUUGUCUCCAUUGUUGCCUCUAUUCCAGCACCAUACUGUUUCUUUAGCUUUUCCUCAGGCAAGAGGAGAAGACUGCUAGCUAGUAGCCACCAGUUAUCAAAGGUCAUUAGCAGGAAACUUUAGCUAAGCAAGUCCGCAAAAGCCUCCAGAGAAGUUCAUUUAGCCCAGGUGUAAGUAAGCUGUGGCCCUUCAGGUGUUGAUGGACUAUAACUCUCAUAAUCCCUGAUUAUUGACUGUGAUGGCUGGGGUUGAUGGCCAUUGGGAGUCCCACACCAUCUGGAGGGUCGCAGGUUCCCCAUCCCUAUUUUGCACCAGAAGGUGGUUAUGUUUUGUUGUGGCUGUUUUGUGUGUUGUCAUUUGUGUGGUACUGACAUUCAAUAAAGAUUUUUCAUCUCCAAAUUAUAUUUGCUCUCCCAUUCCUACCCUGAUCAUUGUAAUCAGCACCGCAGGAUUCUACCACCUCAUUUCUCCCCCUAAUUCUGCUACACUAAGGGUGAGGUGGUAGAAUUCCAGACUGUACUACUUCAGACUUCUAUAGAAAAAGCUCACUAUACAUUAAAAUUUUCUUGCUAGUGUGCUAGGUUGACAAGAGUUACAAAACACAAACCCAUACAAAUUCAAUCAAAUAGUCCAACAAGCAUCCAUAGAUUUUCUUUGUUAGAGUCAGAGCUUGGAAAAGUUACUUUUUUUGAACUACAACUCCCAUCAUCCCCAGCCAGCAACAUGCUGGCUGGGGCUGAUGGGAGCUGUAGUUCAAAAAAGUAACUUUUCCAAGCUCUGGUUAGAGUGAACCAUAUUAGGGCCAAACUACAUGUUAAGUGCUCAUAUACUACAUCUGUUAUAAGAGGUGAAUACCAUAAAUAUAUCUGACACUAUAUUCUAUAUGUAUUUCUUCACUGAUUUUGCAAACUCUCCCACUUGCUUUGUUUUAUGUGU